AUGAAUGAAUGGAUUAAAGAUUACUUGAACAAGAACAUCAAAAGAGAACACAAGAGAUGGAAUCACCAGCUAUUACAAUUAUUUCCGUUCAUUGAUUCCUGUACUAUGCAUUUGUCUCUUGAUGUUUUGUUUGCCUUUGUGCUUAUGCUCUGUACAGAAAAUAAGAAUAACAAUCAUUUCAAGAAGAUCUUGAGGUUAAGUGAAGAUCCCCAUUGUAUUCAAUACUCCACCACACCACACUACACUUGUAUUGGCUAUGCUCAAUUAGUUCUGACAAUGCAGUUACUUGCAUUCGUCAGAAGAGAACUUUAG